AGGGGCAAGUCCCAUCUCAGCCACUGUGACGUCCAGCUGUCCUGUGGAUGUCCUAUUGCCUCUCCUUCCUGGCUUGUGCCUGCUGAGAUGAUGUUAUUCCAGACUGUGGAAGGAGGGGUGGCACACAGAAGCUUUCUGUCCAGGGGAGACAGAUCUGUCCAGAGUGGUCACUUCUUGACAUCAACUAUAUACUGGGCACAUCCAGGUUCUUCAUAUACUUUCUCUAAACCUUGCAACAAUGAGGUGGACAUUGCGGUUCUCAGCUUCUCCCCAGGGAAACUGAGGCUCAGGAAGGCGCCGACAAAACAGUCAAUACACCAGACACUGGAAAACCCAGGAGCAGAGUUCAUGUUUCCCUUCUCAAGGGUACUCCAGGCCACACCUCCCCCAUACCCCAUAGGUAGUUGACUGGAUGAAAAGAGAUCAGCUGGCCCUGCCAGGAGUGGACCAGCAAAUCCUCAAGAAAAGGUGAGUCAGGGACCAGCCUGAGACUCAGGCAAGUGCGGCUGCUCUACCCCAGCCGAGGCACCCCCUUCCCCUCUGCAGUUCCAGCCUGUGCCUACCACGGGGUCCUGCCCAUGGGGACACAUGGAACUGCUGUACCCACCUUGCCCCAUGAGCAGAGAGGGGCAAGGCCCUCAGUACUUGGGGAGGCUGGGGACCUCUGAGCAGAGUGGCCCUGCAGCAGGACCUCUGGAGCACUCAUCAGGACCUCUGGAGAGCUGGCGUGGACCUCUGGAGAGCUCUUGUAGAUCUCUGGAGAGCUCGUGUGGACCUCUGGAGAGCUCGUGUGGACCUCUGGAGCGCUCCUUUGGACCUCUGGAGUGCUCCUGUGGACCUCUGGAGUGCUCCUGUGGACCUCUAGAGAGCUCGUGUGGACCUAUGGAGAGCUCAUCAGGACCUCUGGAGCACUUGUCAGGACCUCUGGAGAGCUUGGUCUUUCCUGGACAACAGGAAGCUCUGAGCCUGGCCCUGGUCUGUGCUGCAGGCUGCUCACAUCGGCAGAGGCUCCCGCACACAGGCCUGUCCUGAGGAUGGAGUGUCGCAGCCGGGACCUCUAAGACCCUCCUGUCCCCCUCAGCGUUGCUGUCCUGGUCUGUGAGGGGGCCGGCUGUGUUCUGUUCCUUCCCAGGCCCCUUGCCCAUGGGCGUGGCCAGCCCUGCAUUGGGCAGCAGCUUUUCCUGUCACUGUCCUGCCAAGGGAGAGAGUGAGACUCCUUGGGACAGAAGUGUUGCUCCUGCCUGGGUGUGGUGUCCAUAGCCAGGGAACACCCAGCACUUAUCAGUCCCUGCUGUGGUUGUGAUGGCCAGCUAGGUCCAAGGCAGCAUCCUGGAGAAGGCAGAGCCUACCUCCAGCAAUUUCUAGAAGACACCCCCAAACACACUCAGGGAUGGAGUAGAGGAGCCACCAGGUCGGUCACUUCGGUGGGCUUCUGUCCAGUGCUGGGCAGUUAAUGACAGAGCCCUGGAGAGCGUGUGUCAGGCACGUCACUGUAGCGUGGAAGGAUAUGGUCUUGCCGUUGUAGGGGCUGCACCAUGUACCCUUCCUGACGGUGCUAACCGCAGUGACCAGAAUGUGGUAUCUCUGGAGGUCUUCAAAAGGGCUGUUCCAGAAGAAUGAGGCCACUGGAGAGGAGUGUCACAGCCGGGACCUGACCCUCGGCACUGGCCCAGGUGUUCUCAGAGGGAAGCAUCCUGUCAUCGGAGCUGACCCUUGCAGACGGAAGACCCCGGGCAGGGAGAAGGCAGCUGUCUUCUGGCCAGGGAGCAUCUUUCCGUGGCCAUCCCUGGGGGGAGCAUCUCUCCGUGGCCGUCCCUGGGGGAGUACCUCUCUCUGGCAGUCCCUGGGGGGAGCACCUCUCUGUGGCCACCCCUGGGGGGAGCACCUCUCCAUGGUCAUUCCUGUGGGGAGCAUCUCUCCCUGGCCAUCCCUGGGGGUAGCACCUCUCCAUGGCCAUCCCUGGAGGAGCACCUCUCCCUGGCCGUCCCUGGGGGACACUGCUGACUCCUUCAUCGGGAAGGCACAGUUUCCAGCACUGGGUGGAGAGCUGAGGACGCCCAGCCUGUGGCACUGUGUCGUGGCAUCCUGGACACUCACACGGUCAGGAGGCAGCGCACUGCAGAAUCCUCAGACCCGAGGGAGCCAGGAGGCCUCUCGAGGAGGGGAGGAGGAAGUCUCAGGGGUUCUGCAGCCCAGAGGAUACAGAUAUCGUGAUCUCAGCCUCCCGCUGCUUCCCGAGGUCGGGAUGCGCUGCUGGCCAUGGGCUCCUCCAUCUGCUGUUCCAGGAUCACCCGGCCACGGCCGGUUGGCUGGACUGGUGCUACUCACUCAGGCCACAGCCCUGCUAAGCUCGGGCUCCCCAUCCCAGCGCUGGCUGCGCACCGGACAUUUCCAGGGCCGCAUAGUAGAUGCUGCGGUGCUCUGCCCAGAACCUCUUCAGCAUCCAUGCUCCCUCACCUUAGCUGCAGCCCUGACAGGGCACAGCCGGACUCCCAGGGGCCUGUGAUUAGUGGCUCUGAGGCCAGCUUCUCCCGCAUCCUGCCUUCCUCGCUUCCUGGCAGGUCUGUUCCCUGACGCUCACCCUGUGUACAGCCUCUGCCUCAGCAUGCUCUGGUCCUGGCCCGAUGGGCAUGAGCGCACUUGGCCUGUCCGUGGGAACAGAGACAAGGUGCCUUCCCUGGCCUCAGUGGCCUGGUCUGCCAAGGGCUGGGCUUUCCAGCCUUGGCUUCUGACAUUCUGUGGAGGAAAGGGCAACCGACAGGACCCUCCUGCCCUGCCCCCUGCCCCUGAGCCCACCCCGCACACAGGCAUUUAUUCCCUCUUCUGGGAUGAACUGUGUCCUGCAAAUGGUGACGGAAUUGUGAGCUCUAGGCCUGUGCGGUGACCUUGCUUGGAAAUAAUGGCAAUCUCAGCGGGAGGAAUUAGGAUGGCCCCAGCCCAACAGGACCGUGUCCUUACAAAAGGGGAAAUGUGGACCAGAGACAAACCUGCACAGGCAGGACCUGGGAGAAUGUCCUGGCCACCAGAAGCCAGAGGAGUCUGCAGCUCUUCCAGAGCCCUCAGAAGGAAGGACCCUCCUGCCUGCAGCCAGGAGCAGGACUCCUGUGGUGUCGGCUGCUCACUCCUUCCAGUCUUAUUCACUGUAGUAAAUGCAAAUCUAACAUUUGCCUCCCCAGCCUUCAAAGAGGGUGUCUGUUCCUAGGUGCCUGGGCCUUGAUGCUGACCUGGAGAACCCUGUGCCCUCUCCAGCACGUGGAAAGUAGGUUCAUCCCCUCAUUCCUGCAGCCUGGUCGAAGGAGAAGUGCUGCAAGCCAGGUGGGUUUCAGGCACAUAGUGACCAGGUGAAGUGCCUGCUGCUCCGGAGCUCUCACCCCUGAGGACAAUAGGAGGAGGCAAUAGAGAAAGACACAGGUUAGUGAGCAUGGGGGCCGACGAGGGGCACAGGCCCAGGGCACAGUGUAUGACGGGAGGGCAGGGCUGCUCCGUAUGGCUGACCAGGGCUCUGGGAAUCAGAACCCAGAAGAGAGCAUUAGAGAGGGGCCCAGCGGGGCAGGGCUUGGGUGUCGGGAGUCCCCAAGGAGGUCAGUGUGGUUGUGACCGGGGCUUCUGGGAAGUGGGGUGGGAUAAGCUCCCUGAGGGACCCCAUCGUGCAGAUCCUGCUGGGUUCCCAGAGGGGUUGAAUUUUUUCUAAACAGUGGAAUAAAAUGGGUUAGUGGUCACGUCUAAAAGAGCAGUCCGUACCCUAUAAUCCAGCAGCCCCAUUUCUGGGGGUGCACCCAAACACCUGAAGCAGGGACUCAAAGUUGUCACACAUCACGUCAUAGCCACGGCAUCGACAGGAGCCCAAAGGCAGAAGCCCCCAAGUGUCCAUCUGCAGGUGAGUAGGGGAGCAGAACGUGGUCCGUCCAUAGGACAGAUGACCACCCAGCCGUGAGGGACAGGAAGUUCUGAUACCUGCUUCAACACGAGGACCAUUCGCUGAGGAAGGAAAUGACAGGGUGCUAAGAUUCUACACGGGAGGCUCCUCAUGACCAAUCUGCAGAGCCACAGUGGGUGGCAGUUACCGAGGAGGAAUGGCCCAGAGAGAGGGCAGCUCCACCCCACCUCUACUGUCCUCCUCCGCAGCGGGUUCCAGAGUGUGACCGGCUGGCUCCAGACCAGGCCCAACGUGCCCCAGGAGGGACUCCCCAUGAUGUCGACUGGCUGCGGUGGGGAGGGGGCUGUGGGCCGAGGCUGGGACACCAGCUACUAGCCAGGCCCCUUCCCAGUUCCUGGAAUGGAGCAUCCUGAGCCGCAUCAGAAAGUCCUGCAGGCUCCUUCCUGCACCGGCCCCUGCGCUGCCCGGGCAGGCCCAGAAGGGGAAUCACCUGCCCUGGGAAAAAAAAAAGGCGAGAGAGGGAGAAAAGAAGCACAAUUAAAAUCUUAGUGUAUGAAUAAUUACAUUUUAAAAAUCCCCACAUUUUUUUUACAUCAAAAGGAAUUCUGUAAUCAGAGGUUUAAUUUGCAGAUUUAGUGGCAUUUGGCAGGUUGAACGUGGACGCUCUGAAGUGAGAAAGCAUGGGAUUUGGGGAUGGAAGCACAGAAUGGGAGGCUCUGUUGGGCCAGAAUCCGGGCUUUGAGCCCCUCUGUGCUGCUGCUGCUGCACUUCCCCUGCCCAUAGUGGCUGGCUGCAGGGCCAGGAAGGGCCACCCGCCCUUAGCCUCACGCCAGUUGGCAAAAUAGCCUCUUGGAUUUGUUUCCUGAUUAUUUGCUCUUUGAAAAAAAUAAAUAAAAUAAAAAAGAAA